AUGGAGAUUCGCGUGGAGUGUGGGUGUGGGGAAGAAGAGUGUAGCGAGUGGACGAUCGUAGAACUCCAAGGAGUGGUCGAGACUCAGUCUUCGUUUCAAGGCUCUCUUCACAAUCUCGAGAUCGGUCGUCUCUGUCACUCCGAUUCCUCUCAGGAAACCUACACGUUCACGGUUGGUUACCAUCAACUCAUAGGCUCUAAGGUGACUCUGAAGAAGCCAUUGUUGGUUUUGAAGAAGUGUAGGGAUGGUUUGUCGGAGAAUGCAACGGAACUACAAGUUGUAGGGAUUAUACGCACAAAGAUCUUGUUCAAGACAAGGCCGAAGCCUCUUAUUUCAGGAACAAAUUAG